CAUGGUAAAGUUUGGGCGCGCGCAUCGCUGGGUUCCAUUGCAUUGCUCUCGACCAUGAACACCAUCGCACCGCCCCCGCAGCUCAAGAAACUCCCGCCCUCGAAGCGCUUCCUCGGCAUCGCGCUUGGGUUGGCCGGCGCCGGCGCAACCAACCUGGCGCUCGGCUACGCAGGCUUCUCGUUUUACACGCGUAGCACCACCUUCGUGCCCUACGACACCACCCACGACGACCUUGCCACGCCUGUAUUCAAGAAGCACAACCCCUUGGGCAACGCGCCCGUGUGCAUUGACCAUGCCGUCAAGACCAUCCCGCUGGCAAAGCUGAAAGAGACGGACCAGAGCAAACUGACGACCGACUUCUGCCGGGGCGUGUGGAGCGGUCUGGGCUAUGCCUACCAGCGGAGGUAUCUGGAGAAGAAGUAUCGCGCGCUCGAGAACCGCGAGGACCACCUGUGGGACCGACGGGAGCUGGCCGAAAGCGACUAUGCCAUCGGCACCAAGAUAACCGACCACUUUGAGGUCGUCGAGCACACGCCAGAGAAGGUCAUCGUGCGAUGCGGCGACUCCCCGCUAAACCAGGACCACCGCCCGAGCGACGGCCUGUUCUCGAUGGAGGUCACGACCGACCAGGAGAAGCAGACGGCUACUUUUCACUUGAAAAGCGUGUUCGUCAACACCACGCCCGAGGGUAAGGGCGGCGAGCCACUGCCGUGGAGAUUCCAGUUUGCGCACAGGCUGUACACCAAGUUAUGGAUGGAGACGGCCACUAGAAAGUUGCUGAAGUAAGCGGCAAGGAUCCCUGAUCCAUGGGGACUGGGACACAAGGUGGCCGACGACAUGCCGCAAUAUCAUAUAGAUCGUGUAUACAAUUUCUGGGCUGAUCGGAGAGGAUGGAAGCAAGCGAUGAAUUCACGUACACUUGGACGCCAUGUCCUUGAGAUGUGAUUGAAGCUUCAUUCGACUUGGUAAUUUGAAGCCUACUUCUGUACUUCAAAAGGUUUCUUAUUUGUUUUUCGCUGUCGUCUCUCCGCCAGAGACCUAGGAACAUAUCCGACCUCUAUUCAAAAUCGUUAUCUGAUCCUUUCUUUCCUUGGCUCAGGAACAUUUAAAAGCACUUACCCGUUCGUGUAUACUAGCAUU